AUACUGAGAUUUCUGGCGCGCUAUAUAAAAGAUUCAUGGCUAAUAUCGUUGACCGUCAGUUAUACUCAAGUCUUUCGCAAGGCAUAGUGAUUCCGUCUACCGCCUAACGGGUAAAAAAUAAUAGUGUUUGGCCGAGAACUUGAAGAUGGCUUCGUGGUGGUUAUUUACUGGACUGUUGUUAGUGCUGUGCGCGAGUAGCAUUUCCGCAUCCGAGGAUGCUGUGAACGGUAGUUCCGGCGCGCGUUCGAUGAUCCGCAUUUACGACGAGUGUACAAAGGCCAACGACGGCUUCGUUCCGUGUCUGAAGAAGAAGGCCAUUACCUUCCUGGAUAGGAUUUCCAAUGUAGACUCAAUUAGCCUCGGCGACGGGAUGCGGGUUGUGCGUGGACAGGAUGCACCGCUAGGACCCUCCUUAACUGAAAACGAGCUGGAGGCUUCCUUGCCCCGUGGAAUUGAUGAUCGCGAUGCCACCCUCACAACGUUGCUGAUUGAACGGGUUGCAAGAUUCUUUAGCCGACGAUCGCUUCAAGUUGACUUCCCGCGCAUUUCAUCUGAGGAGCUAGGACGCGGUUUGGAAGAAGGUCGUGGCAAGAUGAAGAAAAUGAUGGGCAUGAUGAUGAUGGGCAUCGCGAUGAAGAUGGUCGGAAUGAUUCCAGUGGCCAUUGCAGCCCUCUACCUGUUGGCAGGCAAGGCGUUGAUAGUGUCCAAGAUCGCGUUACUUCUAGCGGGUAUUAUUGGACUUAAGAAGCUGCUCGCUGGUCGAGGAGGAGGCAGUCAGAGUGCGUCUGUUUCAUCAUACUCGGCAGGAUCGGGAGGCUGGUCGUCCGGUGGAGGCCACGGAGGCGGUGGUGGUUGGGACAGGCGAUCCCUCGACGCUGCCCACGAUCUUGCGUACAAAGGGUACACCAAACACUAAGUCAGGUUAACUGCAAUAGCUUUACGUCACAAAUAGACUUCAUCAGCGUGUCUAGGAUCAAAGGAAAAAGUAUCUCUUUUUUAUGGAGAUAUUAGUGUAGUGAUUUAUCGUGUACACGUUUAAGUAUUAUCCUAUUUAUUUAUUGCGCCCAUCAACUCUUCAAGUAUUUAUUUGUAGAAUGUCAUUCACGAAUAUGUCUAAUAUUUAUUGUGUUCUAUUUAUUCAUUUUUGUAAUAAAUAAUUUAAGCAAUGCGA